AUGGAACAACCAAUUACAGAAUAUUCAAUGAGACAUUAUUGUGGUGGAACGUAUCGAGGUGCUAUUGAUCAAUUGGAUUAUGUCGUUGAAAUGGGUUUUAAUGCAAUAUGGAUUUCACCAAUACCAUCCAAUACUGAUAUAGAGACUAUUUACGGAGUCGGUUGGCAUGGCUAUUGGCAAGAUAAUAUUUAUCAGCUAAAUAAAUAUUUCGGUCAAGAACAAGAUUUAAUUAAUUUCAUUGAUGAAGCACAUAAACGUGAUAUUUGGAUUAUGUUAGAUGUUGUUGCCAAUCAUGUCGGACCCAACGUAACAAAUAAUUACUACGUCCCAUUCAAUAAAAGUGAAUAUUUUCAUCAACCGUUAUGUUUGAUUAAGGAUUAUUCAAAUCAAACAGAAGUUGAAUUUUGUUCGCUUGGUAGCGAAAGAAGUGUUUUACCUGAUUUAAAUACAGAACACGAUUUUGUAGUAUCAGCAUUUGUUUCUUGGAUCAAUGAAACCAUAAUGAAAUAUAAAUUUGAUGCUAUUCGUAUUGAUACAUUUCGUCAUGUUCGAAAGUCGUUUUGGAAAGAUUACAAUCGUUAUUCAGGUGUUUACUCUCUCGGAGAAGUGGCAACAUCCGACACGUCGUACGUUGGUGCCUAUCAGAAUGUUGCUGAUGGAAUUCUUCAUUACCCACUUUAUUUUUUAUUAAAUCAAGCUUUUCAAGAUAACGAUCAAUCAAGACAAUCAAUGUUCGUUAUUGAAAAUCAAGUUCAAGAAAAUGAAAAAUAUUUCAAUGAUACAACUUUAUGUGGAAUAUUUUUAGAUAAUCAUGAUCAAGAUAGAUUUUUAAAUCAUACUCAAAAUUCAGUACGCAUUCAAAAUGCUCUUGUCUAUCUAAUGUUCAGUGAUGGAAUUCCGAUUGUUUACAUGGGUACAGAACAAAAUUUUACCGGAAAUCCAAAUGAAAAAUAUGGUGCAACAGAUCCAUGGAAUCGUGAACCGUUGUGGAAGUCGGGAUAUAACCGUUCAAUGUGGAUAUAUAAAUAUUUAGCUAAACUUAAUCAAAUUCGUUCGUUACUCAAAGAACAAUAUAAUGAAGAAUUUUUUAUAUCCCAUCAACAAACAAUGCUUAUUGAUAAUGAUACUUAUGUGUAUAAGAAAGGUCCACUUGUAAUCGUUGUUUCAAAUCAAUCGUUUAAUCGAACAAAAAAACUUUCAUUCGGUUCAACUGUAGUUUCCAAUCGAUGGAAAGAUUUACUUACUAAUAAAAUCUAUGAAAUCGAUAAUAAUAACGAACUAGAAAUCGAUAGUUGGCAACCGAAACUUCUUCUUCCUGUUUCAUCAUCUGCAUCGAUUUUUUCGUCGUGCUUAGCGGUGUUAAGUUUUUUAUUAUCAUUUUUUUUCAAUAUGAAUAAAUAA